AUGUCGGUUCAAAAAAUAGUAAAAUAUAUAUGUGGAAAUGUGCAAUUUGAUAUUUCUGCGACGGAUGAUAUACAUCAUAAGCUUCAAACCGAUGACCAAUUUGCAUCACACUAUUUUGAAAAUCUUAUACAACAACACAACACACCAGAAACUGCAGAUGAGGAGACUGAGCACGUGGCAAAUAAUUUAAUUGGUGAUGCCAACAAUGAGUCUGAAGAAGAUAAUGUUAUAGAAAGUUCAACAUCUCAAAUUAAUCCUUUGCCAUUGAAUUUGUCGAAAUCAAAUAAAAGGUUUGAAAAUAUUUUUUCUGAUGCAGACACAAUUGAUAGUACAUCUUCCCAUUCUUUAGCAGUAUCCACAGCAGAUGAAAAUAUUGAAAAACAAGUAAAGAAAGAUGCUGGAAAAAAUACUCACGCGAGACAGUUGUAUGGGCAACGCAAUAAACAACUGCAAUUGGAUAUAGAAAAGAAAGAAAUCUUUAAACAAAUGGCUAAAAACUCAGAGGAUAAUAAUAACAUUUUAUCAAACAACGCUUAUAUUUGGAAAAAUACCAUGGAUAAUUUAAUUAUAGUAUUAAAAGAGAAAAACGCAAUAAUGAAAGAAAGAAAUGAUAUAUUUAGUGAUAUCUCCAACAAGCUAGAUGGUCCAUAA